ACUUCAUCAGCAGCACGACGGUUACCCAAAUCUGGUCAACUAUUUUGUUGGGUACAAACGGCAAAAAUCUACCAUGACACACGGGCCCUAGCCAUCAAUGAAACUUGGCUGUCUCGUUGUGACCAUGGAGAAUUAUUCACCGGGGACUUCUUUCCCUCCGAUGACAUACCGUAUUCUACAGUAUUCGCCGGCAUACCCGAUUCUUACUAUAAUCUUUUCUAUAAAAGCCGUUAUGCCUUCUACUAUAUUUACCACUUCGUUUCCAAAAAUUUUGACUGGUACCUAAAGGCUGAUGACGAUACUUACGUUAUAGUGGAACAUCUCAAAGAGUACUUAUCAACUCUUGAUCCAAAUAAACCUUACUACCUUGGCUAUGUACUCAAACCUUACCUGGAACAUGGAUACAAUGCCGGUGGAGCUGGUUACGUGCUUUCGAAGGCAGCUUUGAAAAUAUUCAAUGAUCUCCUCUAUAAUAAUGAGGAAUAUUGUCCGGAUAAUAUCUACGAAGAUGUUGGGAUAGGAAAUAAUGCAUCUCUAGAUGUCUUGGAAGUAUUGGAAUUUACCCGCAUGACACACGAAAUAGCCGUGGUCAAAAUCGUUUCAACACACAUACCCCGAGUGACAUUUUUCAUGCACGAAAAUAUAGCCCAGUUUGGACAUUUUUUGAGGAAAAGAAGGUAA